GCCGGAAAUCAACUCGGCUCCUGGCGAUGGUUUCACAGUGCAGAAAAAUUAUCUUUCCCUGAGCCGAGCUCUUUAAAGAGCUUUAAUAUCUCCAUACUGAGCUGUAACUCACCGGAUAAAGGUCUGGGUUUGAUCAUUAUGGAUAUCCCAACUCCCCCAGAAGAUCAAGAGCUUCGCAAUGUCAUUGACAAGCUGGCGCAGUUUGUGGCCCGCAAUGGGCCUGAGUUUGAAAAGAUGACCAUGGAGAAGCAGAAGGACAAUCCGAAAUUCUCCUUUCUCUUCGGAGGAGAUUACUUUGGAUACUACAAGUACAAGCUUGCAAUUGAGCAACAGCAGCAUCCAACCACUCACGAUGAUGAAUAUAAAAUGGAAGUUGCAGUGCAUUGCAAACCACCUGGUAAAGAAGUCCCAGAUGUUCCUCCACCAAUGUCCUUGCUUCCACCUCCACCUAUCCCCCCCAGUACACCUUCAGUGGAGGAGCUCAUUCAGCAGAGCCAGUGGAACCUCCAGCAGCAGGAGCAGCACCUGAACAGCCUCAGACAGGAGCAAGUAACUGCAGCUAUUGGUUUGGCCAUGGAGCAGCAGACUCAGAAACUGCUGGUGGAGACGCAGCUGGACAUGACUGAGUUUGACGGCCUCCUCCAGCCAAUCAUCGACACCUGCACCAAGGAUGCCAUUUCGGCUGGAAAGAACUGGAUGUUCAACAACGCUAAAUCCCCACAGCACUGCGAGCUGAUGACCUCACACCUGCGCAACCGCAUUACAGCAGAAACGGCACAUUUCGAGCUCCGCCUACAUCUCAUCUAUCUCAUGAAUGACGUCCUACACCACUGCCAAAGGAAGAAUCAGAGGGAUCUGCUGGCCGCCCUGCAGAAGGUUGUGGUGCCUAUCUAUUGCACCAGCUUCCUGGCUGUGGAGGAAGACAAGCAGCAGAAAAUCACACGGUUGCUCCAGCUGUGGGAAAAGAACGGUUACUUUGAUGAUGUCACCAUUCAGCAGCUCCAGAGUCCUGCGCUAGGCCUUGGACAGUAUCAGGCGUCUCUAAUCACGGAAUAUGCUGGAGUGGUGCAGCCCGUGCAGCUGGCCUUCCAGCAGCAGAUCCAGGCUCUGAAGACACAGCACGAGGAGUUUGUGACCAACCUGAAGCAGCAGCAGAGCGUCGCUGCAGCAGCUGCAGCUGCUGCCGUCAGCCAGCUAGCUCCACCAGAGGCUGACGUUAAAGUGGCUCAGCCGCCAAUGGCCCCUCAGUCUGAUGUAAAGCCUCCUAUGGCUGGCCCUUCACCAGGUGACUAUGAUGGCGCUCCGACGAGACCAACAGACUCUAAUUCAUCCGCACCCCCGGACAAGCCUGGCUGGUUUGACCCUCAGCACAACAUGCCAUCCUGGAACCCACAGCAACCACCACCAUUUGACCCCAGUCAAGCGCCACCUCCUUGCCCACCCUGGAACAGCCACGAGGGGAUGUGGAAUGAGCAAAGGGAUUCCAAUUGGAAUAGCCCUCGGGAUGGGGGCCCUGGAGGACCCGGAGGUCCAGGAGGACCCGGAGGCCCUGGAGGUCCUGGCGGUCCUGGCGGCCCUUGGGGUGGUCAGAACGAGCCCCCUCCAUCCUGGAGUGGACAGUUUGAACAACCACCCUGGAGCAACCAGCAAGACCAGCCUCCUUGGAGCCAACGGGAGCCCCCUUUUCGCAUGCAGCGCCCACCACACUUCAGGGGACCCUUCCCACCCCACCAACAGCCACCCCCCUUCAACCAGCCACCACCACCCCACAACUUUAAUCGUUUCCCGCCUCGCUUCAUGCAAGACGACUUCCCACCUAGACACCACUUUGAUCGCCCACCGUACCCACCACAUCGCUUCGACUACCCGCAGGGGGAUUUUCCAGGAGAAAUGGGUCCUCCCCACCACCACCCGAACCAGAGAAUCCCCCCACCAGCAAUGUCCGAACAUCCUCCAUGGGGUAGUAACCAGCACCCUGAUUUCGGUCCUCCACCCCACGGCUUUAACGGCCAGUCCCCACACAUGAGACGCCAAACUCCCGCUCACGUGAACCAGGACGAUCCUAGUCUGGUCCCCAAUGUCCCGUAUUUCGACUUGCCUGCAGGUCUCAUGGCACCUCUGGUGAAACUGGAAGAUCAUGACUACAAACCUCUGGACCCCAAAGACAUCCGUCUCCCCCCACCCAUGCCACCAAGUGAACGGUUACUGGCUGCUGUGGAGGCUUUCUACAGUCCUCCUUCACACGACAGACCAAGAAACAGUGAGGGCUGGGAACAGAAUGGCCUGUAUGAGUUCUUCAGAGCCAAGAUGAGGGCAAGGAGAAGAAAAGACCAAGAAAAACGUAACAGCACGCGAGGUAGCCACUCUCGCAGUCGGUCCCACAGUCGUGGAAGGUCGUCAUCUCGUUCCAGUUCCAGGUCCUCCAAAUCCUCACGCUCCAGGUCAUCCAGGUCACGAUCUCAGUCCCGCUCCUACUCCAGAUCACGCUCCAGGAGCAGGAGCCACUCUAGGUCAAGGUCCAAAAGCCACUCCCGCUCCAGGUCACGAUCAAGAUCACGUUCACCUGACCGAAGAAGACACGCUGCAAAGUCCCGCAGUCCCACACCUCCCUCCACUUCUGGAUUAGGCUCAGGGCCCUCACCUCUGCCACCUGAUCUCAGGCUGGGAGAAGAAAACAAAGGCCAUCAGAUGCUGAUGAAGAUGGGAUGGAGCGGCUCUGGAGGACUCGGGGCGAAAGAGCAGGGCAUCCAGGAUCCCAUUAAGGGGGGUGAUGUGCGAGACAAGUGGGACCAGUACAAGGGUGUUGGAGUGCAGCUGGAUGACCCAUAUGUGAAUUAUCGGAGAAAUAAAAGCUAUAAUUUUGUCGCUCGGAUGAAAGCAAGAGAGAAAGUGAGUCGGGAUCCGCAGGAGGCGCCACCUACAGAAUGAUUCUUACGAACAGUGUCCUUUUUUUAGUACUAAAAAAAACCCUUGCGUAGAUGUCUUUCACUUUUGUUUUGAAAAGUGUUUUUGCGUUUGGUUCCUUUUAUUGUAAUAAAUCAAACUGUCAUGUAAUGUAGUUCAAUCGUGCUCAAAAUCACUGAAAUUGAAUUUAGCCUGAAUUUAGUACUCAGCACAAAGGAAAUAAAGACAUUUUAAACAUGUA